AACUCGUCACUUUCAGUUUACCUCAAACAAACGUGACGAACGGUUGCGAAGUCGCAUCGCACCUCUCGGUUAUCUCUCGGUCGGAAAAACUGGAAAGGAAGAAAACUGUGUAAAGAGAGUUCAACAAAAAAGUGCUACAAACAACACGUGAGUGAAGUGCGAGCUCGAACAUGUACAAAAUCGACGACGAGUUCCGUCCCCGGGGACGGGUCUUCAUGAAGGCGACGCGCGAGCACGGCUACGGCCAACCUUCGCCCUCGUCCUCGGCCCUGGUCAGCCGAUCGAGCAGUGCUGCCAGCAGCAGCAUGGAGCGUCGUCGCGGCUCAGCCAUCACGACCAACCUGGACGAUCCGAGCAAUCUGCGCUUCCGGCACGAAAUCCUCAACGAAAAGGUCAUCGAAGCGACCGUCACGGAACUCCCGGGCGUCAUCCAGACCAUGAACCGCGACCACUGGAAGGCCCUCCCGCCCACCAUGGGCUACGGUAACGAGCUGGUCCAGGUAGACGCUCCCACGCGGGUCGUCGCCGAGGUGACCCGGAACAAGCGCCUCACAACGGAGGUCCUCGGCAAUACGAUGGAAACGACGAGCACUUCGCAGCGAGCAUCGGACGGUCAUCGCCGGAUGACCACCCACAUUGUUCGCAAGAUCACCACGCUGACGCGCGCCGAAGAGCAGGCCCAGGCGGAUAACCGGAUCCGGCAGAAUCGGGACGUCAAGACGACCGAGAUCGGGUAUCUGCGGAUGGGCGCACACGGCGGCGGUGGGGAGUCGAAGCGGGCCAAGAUUUCCGACAUCGUGGUCGGCCAGGAGGACAACCUGACGGCGCGGGAGGCGCUGCUGCGGUGGGCGCGCCGCUCCACCGCCAAGUACCCGGGCGUCCGCGUCAACGACUUCACCGGCUCCUGGCGGGACGGUCUCGCCUUCUCGGCGCUCAUCCACCGCAACCGGCCCGAUCUCAUCGACUGGCGAGACUCGAGAUCGCGCCGGCCCCGCGAGCGCCUCGAGCAGGCCUUCCACGUGGUGGAGCGCGAGUACGGCGUCACGCGGCUGCUCGACCCGGAAGACGUCGACACCAACGAGCCAGAUGAAAAGUCAAUGAUCACAUAUCUCAGCUCGCUGUACGAUGUGUUCCCGGAGCCACCCCAGAUGCACCCGCUCUUUGACAUGGAGUCCCAGCGGAGGGUGCAGGAGUACCGGGAGCUGGCCCAGCAGCUGCUGUACUGGUGCCGGGAGAAGACGUCGCUCCUGCAGGAACGCGCCUUCCCCACGACACUGAUCGAGCUGAAGCGGCUUCUGUCCGACCUGAAUCGGUUCCGAAGCGAAGAAGUGCCACCGCGACAACGCGACAAACAACGACUGUUCUCGAUCUACAAGGAGCUGGAGAAGUACUUCGAGUCGAUCGGCGAAGUGGACGUCGAGACGGAGCUGCGGCCCGAAUCGCUCGAGAAGGCGUGGCAUCGGUUGAUGUCGGCGCUGGCGGAUCGGGAUAUGAUCCUGCAGCAGGAGGUGCAGCGGCUCGAGCGGCUCCAGAAGCUGGCGGACAAGGUCCAGCGCGAGUACAAGCACACCGAAACCGUCAUCACCAAGAUCGAAACGAGAAUCUCCGAGGAGAGCCGCCGCAUCGACCGGUUGCACCCGGUCGAGGCGAAGAACAUCGUCGAGGGGCUGGAGGGGGACAUCCGGCACCUGGAGCAGCCGCUCCAGGAGAUGAACGACGACUGUCACAACCUGAAGGACGGUCGAUACCCACAGGCAGGGGACCUGCAUAAAAAAGUCACAAAACUGCACCAGCGGUGGUCCCAGCUGCGCACCACAUUCCACACUAGCUUAGUACAAAAACUGUCCGGCAUGAGCUACCCCGUGCAGGAGACGACCAUCACGAAGCAAACGCGCGUCGUGACCGAAACCCGCCAGAUUGGCACGAAUCCGUACUUCCGCGACGUCCAGGAGUACACCGAGUGGUGUCAAACCAAAUUGAAACAACUGCUUACCUCCGACUACGGAUCGGAUCUGCCGUCGGCGAAGGUGGAGCUGGAGCGGCACCAGCACGAGCACAAGGUGAUCGACCAGUUCCACUCGAAGAUCAUCCAGUGCGAGCGACACCAGUCGAACUUUAGUGGGGAUGAGCUGACCCUCUAUCAGCAGAAGCUCAGCCAGCUGCAGAAAAUCUUUGCGGAGCUGCUGAGCACGAGUACGAAGCGGCUGUCCGAUCUGGACGCGUUGCAGCUGUUCCUGUCGGCGGCAACCGCCGAGCUGAGCUGGCUGAACGAUCGCGAACAGAUCGAGGUUAGCCGCGACUGGGCGGACAAGAAUCUGGAUCUGUCCGCCGUGCAUCGGUAUUAUGAGAACCUCAUGUCCGAGCUGGAGAAGCGCGAGAUGCACUUCGUGACGAUCCUCGAUCGCGGAGAAGACCUUCUAGUCCAACAACACCCGGCUUCCAAGUGUAUCGAGGGUCACCUGCAGGCGCUCAAGUCCCAGUGGUCGUGGCUGCUGCAGCUGACGCUGUGUUUGGAGCGCCACCUGAAGCUCGCCACCGACUACCACUCGUUCUACGACGAGAUCCGGGAGGCGGAGAACUGGCUGGCGAAGCGGGACGACAUCCUGAACACCAAGUACUCGCAGUCGGAGUUUUCGCUGGAUCAGGGCGAGGGCCUGUUGAGGGGGAUGCAGGACGUGAGGGAGGAGUUGAACGCGUUCGGCGAGACGGUGGCCCAUCUGCAGCACCAGGCCACGACGAUAGUGCCUUUGAAGCAGCGGAAGCAGCCGGUCAAUCGGCAGUGCACGGUGCAGACGAUCUGUCCGUACAAGCAGGGUAACAUCUCGCUCGAGCAGAACGAGUCGUGCACGCUGUUGGACACGAGUGGGCGCGUCAAGUGGCGCGUGAAAACGACCAAGGGAGUUGAAGGGUCGGUCCAUGGAGUGUGUCUGCUGUUGCCGCCGCCCGACCAGGAAGCGAUCGAAGCCGCCGACAGGUUGAAGCGCCUCUUUGACCGUUCGGUUGCGCUGUGGCAGAAGAAGCAGCUGCGACUGCGCCAGAACAUGAUCUUUGCCACCAUCAAGGUUGUCAAGGGCUGGGACUUUGAGCAGUUCCUGGCGAUGGGAGCGGAACAGCGGACGGCGAUUCGGCGGGCGUUGAACGACGACGCCGACAAGCUGCUCGCCGAGGGAGACCCGGCGGAUCCACAGCUGCGACGACUGCGCCGCGAAAUGGACGAGGUCAACCGACUGUUUGAUGAAUUCGAGAAACGUGCCAGAGCAGAAGAGGAAAGCAAACAAGCGAGUCGAAUAUUCACCGAGCAAUGCAUCUCCCUGAAGACCCGACUGGAGGAGAUGGCCCGCGAACUGGACCACAUCAUCCUUUCCCCGAUGCCACGCGAUCUGGACUCGCUCGAGCACGCCGUCCAAAUCCUGGACGACUACAAGCGCCGUCUAGGUCUGCUCGAACCCGACCUGCGCCACCUUCAGGAAACAUUCCGCACAAUCACGCUGAAGACGCCCGCCCUCAAGAAGAGCCUCGACAACCUGCUCGAGCUGUGGAAGGAACUCAACACCCAGGCUGGCCUGCAGGGAGAUCGCCUGAAACUGCUCGAGGGUGCUCUAGCUGGUCUGGAGGACAACGAGCAGGUCAUCUCGGACCUGGAAGGCAAGCUGUCCCGUCAGCUGGAACUGCCUUCCUCGCAGGAGGGUCUGUACGAGGUGUUCAAGCGGCUGUCCGCCAUUCAGGAGACGAUCUCCGCCCAACAGCCGGAAAUGGACAAGAUGAACGACUCUGCCGAUCAGCUGGGUCGCAUGGGUGUGCCAACGAAGGUACUUGGUGACCUGAAGCGACUGCACGCCAACGUCGAGCGACUGAACUCGCGCUGGAACAACAUCUGCGGCCAGCUGGCCGAACGCCUCCGAAGCGUGGAAACCGCCAUCGGGCUGAUGAAGAACCUGCAGACGAGCAUCGUCGUCGAGGAGACGUGGGUCGAGAAGCAGACGGAGAAGCUGCAAGCGUUGCCGACGGCCACCUCCGCCCGGGAGCUGGAUACCAUGCUGGGCGAGGCCAUGGAGCGGGCGCCGAAAAUCGAACAGGUUAAUCUCACCGGUGGCCGUUUGAUCCGAGAAGCCAAGAUCUACGAUGGCAAGUGCGUGCACUACAUCGACUGGCUGGUGGAGAUUCGACCGAGCUUUUCGCCACCGCGGCAGGACCUGCGGCCGCCGGACGCCGACCCGGGCGCCACCGAGGUGUACUCCCGGCGGCUGGACACUCUCAACGGGCGGUACGAGACGCUGCUUGAGCAGCUGACCCAGCGGCUCAAGACGGCGAUCGAGGUGAAUGGCGCGGACGGAUUGCGCUUCGCCGAGAGUCUCCAGAAGCCGCUGCGCACCUAUCGGAUGGAGUUCAAUCUGGGCCGUCCGGACAACAACAACGGUUCGGCGGACCUCGGCACCCUGGCGGACGGUAGCUUCCACGAAGUCACGGAAGACGUCUACACGAGCACGUACACGGCAACGCAAAUAACCAAGAUUUCCAACAACAAGCUGAUCUACGACGCGACGGACUCGCGCGAGGGCUCGCCCACGAAGAAAGUGACGCGCGUGGACAUGCAGCAGUCGGAUGUGCACCAGCACCCGAACGGUGCUGCACCCGGCGGAGCGUCGUCGGUACAGUUUACGGAGAUUCGCAGCUUGAAACGCAUUUCGCGCAACAACGAGGCGGUCGGCACAAACAAUGGCGGCGGCGGCGAAGACGGAGAUAUUCUGAACAUGCCCGGGAUCGUGGAUCCGGUGAGUGGGCGCGUGUUGACGGUCGGGGAAGCGAUUCGGAUGAGGAUCUUGGAUGUGCGGACGGGCCAGUUGAAUGUGGCGAACGGCGAGCGGUUGAGUUUGGAGGAGGCGGUCAGGAGGAAACUGAUUGAUGCGGAUUUGGUGGAGAGUUUGCUGCGACCGGACGCGGUGCUGGACCGGGAUGGGCGGGCGAUGAGCCUGCUGGAGGUAAUACAGAAGGAAAUCCUCGAGGCGGAGAACGGCUACGAUAGUACGGAGAAGCGAAUCAAGGUAACGACCGGCGGCCACGAUCAGCAGCCGUCACCGUCUGUUGUGAAGCGCACCUCCUCCUCCACACCUUCUACUGUAAAGUUUAAUCCAAGUGAAGCAAAAAGUAUUGUCGAUGCCAUUAAGCAGGGCCUGGUCGAUGCCAGCGCGGGGCUUUUCCGGACCGAAACCGGUGACCUAAUCACGCUAGCCGACGCCUACGAGUACGGGUACUUGAUACGCAAUGAGACGAUCAAGAUCGCACCGCACACGCUCUCCCUGUCCGACUCGAUCGGCCAGGGCCUGGUGGACAAUGGUGGUUGGGUCAUUGAUCGUAACACCGGCGAUACGUUCCGACUGGAUUCAGCCAUCGCGAAGAGUUUAGUUUAUUCGAAUGUGAGGGAGAUUGUGGACACGAAGAGCGACACCAAGAUCACGGUCGCCCAGGCCCUCGAGCAGGGCAUUUUGAACGCGAAAACGGGCCGUUACAUGAAUCCGGCCACGAAGGAAAAGCUCACCUUCGCCGAGGCCCGAAACAGGCAGCUUAUCUGCAAGCCAAUGACACUGAAAGACGUUUGUGAUUUAGCUUUGUUGGAUAAGGCGGAGAAGAUCGCGUCUCCUACGAGACGUGAGCGGGUUAAUAUUCCAGGUGCUAUUAGUUUAGGAGUGUUAGAUAGCGAUAGCAUUAAGUGUGUGUACAAAACCAAGGGAGAACUGUUAACGUUGAAAGAAGCCCUCGAGCAGGAGAUCAUUCUCCCGUUCGAGAACCGAUACCGACAUUACGAGACGAAAGAACUGAUGACCAUUACGGAGGCGGUCGAUCGCGGACUCAUUUCGUCCGUGUCGAUCAAGUCCAUCUUUAACAUUUUCGGUUUCAAAGAUCCACAUUCCGAGGAGUUUGUCUCGCUCAACACGGCACUCGCGAAGAACGUGGUCCGCAAAAAGGACGGCCGCUUCCAGCUUGACGUGGGCAAGGGAACUCUAAUCGAACUGAACGACGCCGUUGCUCAGGGCCUAAUCCGUCCAGAAGUGUACGAAAUGCUCAACCGCAAUGUCGGCGUCUUUGCCGAAGGCGGACAUGAACUGACCCUACUCGAUCUUGUCUACCACGAACUGAUCGACACCAAAACCGGGUUCCUCCUAGAACACGGAACCGGCAAAGUGAUUCAUCUCGAACCUGCAAUCGAACACAAGUUCAUCACACCGGAAGGGGCCUUACUGCUGAUUAGUCUCCUCAAUAUAACCCUGACCACGGAAACCGUCGUCAAAACCAUCAAACGGUACGUAACGAUCACGCACACCGGCGAGCAGAUCGAGUCCCAACCGGACGUGCUGCUCUCCUUCACGGAGGCCGUUCGCCGUGGCCUGAUCGACGAGAACACUCGAACGUAUCGCGAUCCGGCCACCGGCAACGUGUACUCCAUACAGCAAGCUUUAAACCAUGGCCUUAUCCUGCCCGACACGGAAGCCGUGCCGCAGGACUCGGGUAGCAACGUUCCUAGCAAACCUUCGUCCAUUCCACUGGAGUUUGAAACGCGCGUCACCCGGACGAGCAACUCCAAGAGUGUCAACAUCACCACAGAGUUCCUCGAACGGGAACGCGACACCUCCUCCCAUGAACUUCCACCCAACGGGUGGCUCCUCUCUGAUGCCAUCGAAAAGCGACUGUUCGACCCGGUGUCCGGAACGUUCAUCGUCCCCGGCACCGAUCGCAUCGUCAGCUUCGAAGAGUGCAUCAAGUUCAAAAUUAUCAACCCCCAUUCGGCGUUCGUAGCGGAUCCCAAGAACCGCCAACGCCGCGUAACGCUCGAUCGAGCGCUCGAGAAGAAGAUCCUCGACGCUACCGGUCAAUACGCGCAAAACAAAACCAAGAAAAUCCCCAUGAAAGAAGCGAUCGAUCGCGAGUUGAUCAUCUUUGAACACUCGUCCGAAGAGAUCCCCACUUCCACAGCGACUCGUAACCUUCAAAUCACAAAAAUCGCAGGUCAGCCAGACCUCCUCGAAAUCCGCUCCGGCAACGACCACCCCAUUUUCGUUGCAAGCACAAAGGUACCCGAGCUACUCAGCCCGGAACCCCUGCAACUCGCCCCGGGGAUCAUCUACGACCCCUCAACGGCGCUCGUCAUCUUCACCGACAGCGGCAAGUCGGACAGCAUUGUCAACGCGGUCGCAAGCGGUAAGCUCGACUCAAACCUGGUGAAGAUCACCGACCCCGAUACAAACGCACCGAUCACGAUCGCGGAAGCUCUCAGCCGAGGCAUUCUCGAUCCCAGCUCGGGUGAAAUCAAAACCAACUCAGGGAAGUCGAUCAGCCUGAUCGAGGCUGCUCGCAUCGGUGCUCUGGUUGUUUGUGGCGCCCCUCUGGUGGCCGCCGCAGGCGCCUUUGAACUGCUCAAAACUAUGACCGACCCGAAAACGGGCGAGCAGAUCCCAAUUGAACUCGCGUACGAGCGAGGGUUGAUCACCAAGAGUCAGCUACCGAGUCCCGAACGGGCCGCUCUUCAAAAGAAACUCAGCGUCGAUAGUCGACGCUCUUCUGAGGUUGUAACGAUCACCGUAAGCGGUGAUCGCGCCCCGUUUAUGCUGCAACGCAUGCGAAAGUGUGUUCUGCGCCCGAAGGACGCCGCCGAGAAGGGCAUCAUUGACCAGGAAACUGCCAACGCGCUUGAAGAUCCCAAACUUUUCGAAGGGAACAACGCUUCGCUCGAGCGGGUGAUCGCGGCAGGUCGGUUGGACGGUAAUCGCGGAAAGAUUGUCGAUCCACAACGGGGUCACACGCUGACGGUCAACGAAGCGAUCCGACGCGGAAUUCUCGAUCGUCACGGAACGAACAAUCUGUUCAUUCCGUUAGCAAAGUCGUUGGCGGUUCCCGAGUUGAAGUCUCAGGGACUGCUGAAUGCGGCGGAUUCUAAGAUUUUUCACCCGGAAUCGGGUACGAUGCUAUCCCUGCGGGAAGCGCUGAUUUGCGAGAUCGUUGAUCCUCUGACGGAAGUUACGGUUGAGGGUAAGAAACAAACCUUGGAGCAAGCGAUCGAGGCUGGUUUUAUGGACGAUGACAACAACACGAUCAACGGGGUUAAAUUGUUUGACGCGAUCAAGGGUAAUGUAUUCGUAGCUCCAAACUAUUCCCCGAAAAUUCCACCCGUUGGAAUGACCAUUCCAGUGAUCGUCAAGCGAAACUUGCUCGACACUGAUCGCAAGCAAAUUACCCAUCCGAUUACGAAGCAGCCGAUGGACGUCAACAGCGCCAUCAAGAAUGACUUCGUCAUGGCUAUUCCGUACACGCCAAACAUAGACGCAGUCCAAAUAAACGAUGCUCUAGAUCGCAAACUGAUCAUCACUGCCAAUGAAUCGUACAAGAACCCUAGAACUUCCGAAGAGAUCCCCCUCCAAGAAGCCAUCGAGACCGGUCUUCUUGAAGUGAAACCUCUACCAGAACUCGUCCAAGGUAUGCAAGCCAACAAGGCGGUCAUGUCCGUUACCGAGUCGGUCUCAUCCUACCACACGAUCACGACCAAAACCGUCGAAAUCCAAUCCGGCUUCGCGAUGAUCUCCACUACCGAGGUGCAGGACACCAACACGGGUGCGAUCAUGUCUGUGGACGAAGCCCGCCAAAAGGGCAUCCUCUCCGACGCGGUUGACUCCGAGCGGCAGGUGCUCACCGAGGAGGUCAACAUUAACUUUACCGACGCGCUACAGCGGGGUCUGCUGAACGUUAGCAAGGGUACCUUCACGCACCCAACCAGUGGCGAUGUAAUGUCCAUUUCGGACGCCGUUGAUCGCGGCUUCAUCGCCACGAGGAAUGCUAGCGACGAAGCGCUGAAUCGAUCGCCGGAAAUGACGCACAAAGUUAUCUCGACCAUUCAGAUCACGGGGCCUAAGUCGUCGAGCGUUGAACGGACUAUACCAAUUAGUCAGGUUGGGUCGAGUUCGCCCUAAGGGGAGAGUAAACUUGGGGAAAAUAUCAAGGACGCCGCAAAACUUGGCCUAAUGGCAGUUGUCGGAGCUCCAGUUUUAGGGGGAAUGGCCAUCGCAAGUGGCGUCAAGAAACUGUUUGAAAAGAAGGAAAGCGAGCAGUCGGAAACUGUUGUAACGCAUUCCGGUGGAUCGGUUGUAGAGUCCACAAGCAAGUAUGCCAGCUCGUCAACGGUUCAAGUGAUGACGAAGACGAUGGAAGAAAUUACUCCAGCUGGAGUUCAAGUGUCUUCGUCAGCAACAAUCCCCACUGAAAGUUCAAACUCUGCCACCAUACAGAUUGUUACCAAAACCAUUGAGGUUGAGGUACAGCCUGAAGAGUUGACCAAGACUUCUCAAAAUAAGCCACAAGAACCAAUUGCUACGAAACCUGUUGAACAAACAAAAGAACCUGUGACAAGCCAAACAGUUAUCGAAUCGACAGACCUUCCAACGGAACCGAAGGAAGGGGCUGGAAUACUUCCAACGGAACCAAAGAAGGAAUCUGAAGGUGUUAAAUCUUCAGAACCUUCGGCAGUUCUUCCAACGGAAUCCAAGGAUGAGUCUGAAGUUGGCAAACCAAAAGAUCACUCAGUGGAACCAACGGAAGAUGCUGAAGUCAUACAGUCGACGGAUCUUCCUGCGGAACCAAUGCAAGAAUUUGAAGAGAUUGAUGAAUUCAACGUUGAUUCACAGUCCCAACCAACAGACAAAGAUUCUGACAAAGAGAUUGACGUUAGCAGUAAACUAGUAAGGGAAGCUUCAGAAGAACCUGCUAAACCCAGUGAUGGUAAGCAGAAGGUUGAAGAAGAUCGAGCAACGACAGCAUUACCAUCCUAUCAAGAAUCUGUAGAAAUCACCAAGACAGUGUCCGUUGAAUCGACUCAGGUUAUUUCGGUGGAAACAUCAAGUACUGUCUCAGAGAGCAAACUUGAAGACAUGGAAUCGAUUUCUAAACAAGAUCAACCACAAAUUGAAACAAGCAAGGACAAUACAAAUGACAAGCCAACCAUUCCAGCUGUUGCUUCGGAACACAAACUUCCAGUGACAGAUUCAAAGAAAGACAUUGACGAAGAUCCAUCAAAUCUAAAGAAGUCAACUUCACAAAAACCAGAAGACAAUUCAGUAAAAAGUUCUGCACAAGAUACUGACAACGGCAACGACACCGGCAAGAAGAUUCUGGACGCUGCCAAGCUUGGCCUGAUGGCAGUCGUUGGCGCUCCAAUUCUUGCCGGCAAAGCCGUAGUUGACGCGCUGAAGAAAGACGGAUCAUCUACACAAGAACCAGUGGAAGAUUCAAAUCAUUCAGUGACGCAAUCAAGAACAGAUCCAUAUGCAGAUCAGAGUAAACCUAUUGGCAAGGGUAUUGAAGAAUCGAAACCCUUGAAACAGGAAGACAAUUCAGUUGCGACAAAAGACAAGCCCGAUCAAGUCGUUGCUGCUUCAGAACCUACAGCAAUCGAUGAGAAGGUCGUGGAGAAACAGCAAGUAAUCAAGCAAGAACCAAUUUCAGGAACUCCCGAAGUUGCUCAAGUUGUUGACAACAAGGCUGAACUUGAAGUAACUAAGGUAGCGGAUGCUGUGGAUAAUGAGCCUAUUCAAUCUAAUGACCAGAAAAUUGCUGAUCCCAAUCAAAAGGAUCUUGUGGAAAAAACCCACGAGGUUACUGAAACAAGACCUGAUCAAGCACAGAAGUUUGAAGACGACACUACAGAAACUCACGAUCGACAAGUCGAUCCGAUUUCCGAUUCGGUCACCUCAGAUACUGUUGAACAAUCUACCCAACCGAAGGACAAUGAACUUGUCAAGCCAGAUGAUCAGCACAGUACAGCUCAAGAUCAUGAGAACAAUGCAACCCUCAAGGUUGCUGAACCACAACCCGGUCAAGUACAGAAGGUUGCAGAUCUUACUUCAGAAACUCAACAUAAAAAAGUCGAUCCAGUUUCUGAUCCGGCAACCACAGAUAAUGUUGAACAACCUAAGAACAAAGAACCUGCCAAAUCCGAUGACCAGCACAGUACUGCUCAAGAUCUUGAAAAAGCUACACCUUAUCAAGUACAGAAGGUUGAAGACCUUACUUCAUCUUCAGAUCUUCAAAAGCAAGCUAUUUUACCCACAGAAACUCAAAAGGCGCAAGAUCACCAUUUCGAUCAAGUUGCCGUUCCGGCUACCUCCGGUACCGCUGAACGACCAACGCAACUCGAAUCGACAGGCAAAGAAUCUUCGUCCAACGAAACCGGCAAGAAGAUCCUGGACGCUGCCAAACUUGGCCUGAUGGCAGUCGUUGGCGCUCCGAUCCUCGCCGGCAAAGCCGUUGUAGACGCACUUAAGAAAGAUCAUUCCACUGAAGAUGCCCCCCCGCACCAGGUCGCUGCGUCUCCCGGAGACGGACGGCGUGAGUUCAAGGAGCUCGAGCAGACCAUCGGCGAGAUUCUUGAUCGGGAAGACGAUGGUAAGCUGCGAACUCCGGAGAAGCACGUUACGUUUGAUAUUGAGGAAAGUCAGGGACCGACGGAUGUACAGUACGAGCGGAUGCCCUUGGGCGAAGCCAUCUCGCAGGGUAAGAUUCUGCCCAAGCAGUGCAAGGUACUGGUGGAUGACAAAGAGAUGCCGUACACGGUGGACGAGGGUUUGAACAAUCGUAACGUACGGAUUUACGACAUUGUUGAUGUACUGAGUAAGGAGUUGGUAUCGUUUGUUGAGGGUGAAACCGAUGCUUUGGUUAUUGAUGAAACGCUGACCAAGCAGAAGCUAAUUGAUUUGGGACUUUUCGAUCCGGAAUCGGGUAGCUUCACAUCGCCAAGCGGUGAGCGCAUUUCUUUCCGUGACUUGUUGUGCAGCACUGGUUUGAUCGAUCCUAGCACUGUAUUCGUGAAGGAUCUCGGACGGGACAAGUACGAACCGUUGGAUGUCGCUUUGCAGAAACAUCUGAUCGACAAACAUACGGGUCACAUGCUGGACAACAAGACCGGCAAGAAGGUCAAGUUUGUUGAGUGUUGUAAACGAGCUUGGAUCAUCCAGCGCGAACCUUCGAGUGAAAACCUCGACCAGUCACCUACGCUGACCGAAGUGUUGGACGCUGGACAAUUCAACCCGCAAACGGGAGAAGUUCUGCAGAACCAAGUGAGCGUUCCGAUUGCCGAAGCUCUUCGAGCUGGCUUUAUCGACAACGACUCCGUAUCCGUGCGUGAUCCAACCGACGGUGAAAUUGUACCUCUCCAGGUCGCCAUUGAGCGAGGAGUGAUCGAUCUUAAACUUGGCGUUAUUUACAACCGAGAAACGCAAGAGGAGAUCGAUCUUAACGAGGCGUACAACCGGGGUUACAUGCUGGCCGGCAAGCGCAAGCCAAUCUCGCUUGAAGCAGCGGUUCGCAAGGGUCUGUACAAUCCCGAGUCUGGGCUGAUCCUCGACACGAUCACCGAAGAAAUGGUUGACGUGCAGCAGUCCGUUGACAAGGGUAUCGUCGAUCCGAAGAUCUCCAACAUUAAGGAUACUCGCGAAAACGUGCUGGUUCCACUGCAGGCUGCUAUCGACCAGAAGCUGAUCGAUACGGAGUCCGGCAAGUUGAAGGAUACCAGCACGGAUGAGCUGGUCUCGUUGGACGUUGCUCUCGAGAAGAAGAUGAUGGACACCAAGCAGGUUACGCACAGCUUGAUCGAUGUACUGAACAAAGAGUUUUACAAUCCAAAGUCGGGUAAGAUCUUGAACCCCGGCAACGGUGAAGAGAGCAUCCUGAAGGAUGCGGUUCAGGCACGGUUGAUCGAGAUUGACAGCGUUCUGAUUCGGGAUGAGCGCAAGAAUGAGGUUAUGAAGUGCGCGGAUGCUAUUGAGAAGGGUCUGGUGGAUGAUGUUCGGGGUGUGUUGACGCGACCCGAACUGACGCUCGAUCGUGCCUACCAGAAGGGGUACAUUCUUAGCAACAAGAAGCCGAUUUCGUUGACGGACGCGCUGGUGCGAGGUUUCUACGAUCAAUCCAGUGGUCUGUUGCAUAUCGAGGGUGCUCCAGGGGUUACGUUGGAGCAAGCGAUCGCCAAUCAGGACAUUUCAACGUCUGAUCUGAUUGUGCGCGAUCCUAAGAAUCGGGGCGUGGCCAGCUUGGCCGACGCCAUCAAGGAAGGUCUGGUUGAUCCCGUUUCGGGAACUGUUGUAGAUUCCGGAUCUGGACUUAGUAUGGGAAUGCUGGACGCCUUGGAGCGUGGCAUAAUCGUGGUUGCGAAGCGACGAUGCAGUCUUCCGGACGCCGUUUUCCGCGGGUUGUACGAUCCCAAGUCGGGUCAGUUUAGCAGUACGACAACGCCGGAAAAGAUGUCCACGGAACGUGCGAUUCGUCGUGGAAUGCUUGAUCCGGAAUCGACGAUCGUGAACGUAGCCGGGAAGAUUUUGCCGUUUGAACUUGCAGUUGAGAACGGUACGGUGGAUGUUAAGCGGGGAACGUUGGUUGAUGAAGUGGGUAACAAGAUCGACUUUAGGGAAGCGUUCGAUCGGGGACUGCUGGUGGAGGUUAGGAAGCCGAUCAGCUUGAGCGAAGCGGUUCUGAAGGGCAUCUACCGUGAAAGUAGUGGUCUGUUUAUGGACCCCAAGAACGGCAAGAAGCUAACGCUGGCUCAAGCGAUCGCCGAGAAGAUGAUCGAUCCGCAUUCCGUUCAGAUCAAGGAUCCGGUCACCGGGUACUACAAGAACCUCGAUCUGGUUGACGCGAUCGAAACAGACCUGAUCAAUGGUCAGAACUCGAACGUUAAACAUGGUAACGACAAGAUCACGCUGAAGCACGCGUUCGACAUUGGGUUGUUGUACGACAAAAACGCCCCGAUCAGCUUGCAGCGCGCAAUCCACCAGGGUAUCUACGAGGACAAGAGUGGCAAGAUCGUGGAUCCGAGCUCGGGUCGCAAGAUCACGCUGCACGAAGCUACGCGCAAGUUUGUGAUCAAUCCGCAGCUUCCGUGCUACUUUAACGAGCGCGAUGAGGUUAUGUUGAAUUUGUUUGAGACUUGCCGGGCGAAGUUGAUCGAUCGGAGGGAGGGAGUGUUUAAGGAACCGGGGAGUGAGGUGUUUAUUCCGCUUAGUGAAGCGCUCAAUUUGGGACUGAUUGUGGACAUUGAGAGCGCCGGGUUUGGACUUUAUGAAACGCUUGCAAUGGGCUUCUACGAUACGAAGAGUGGGAAGAUUUUGCAUCCGAUCACGAAUCGUAAGAUUACGCUGGAGGAAGCUUGCGUCGAGGAUAUUGUUAGUGGGGAGUCCUCGAUCGUGAAGAAUACGGUUACCGGGAAGUACGUGAGACUUCCGGAAGCGAUUGAGGCGAAAAUUAUUGACCCAGUGGAGGGAAGGUAUGUGCUUCCGAAGGGAAAUAAGAUUGAUCUCCAGGAAGCUCGGAGGAAGGGUUUGAUUGUGACCAAUCAGAAGCUGCUGUCGAUCGAGAAGGCGAUCAAGUUGCAAUUGUAUCGACAGGAUGAGGGUACGUUUGUUGAGCCCACAUCUGGGGAUCGUUUGAGCUUGCAGGAAGCACUCGACAGUGGACUGUUGGACUUUGAAACGACGGUUUACAAGGACGCAGUGACGGGACAGGACAAGCCGUUGAGGGCGGCGAUUGCGGAGCAGGACAUUGACGUAGAGAAGGGAAUUUUGGACAGGAAGUCGAAUAGAUCGCACAACUUUGACGUGGCGUUCAAUAAGGGUUUGUUGGUGACGGUUCAGAAGCCAAUCACGGGUAAGAUUUUGGAGAAGCGACAGAGUAUGGACAAUUUGUUGGGGGUUUCACCGAUAGGAAAGGGACCGAAGGAGAUGAGUUUGAGAGAUGCACUUAAGUACGAUACGUUGUCGUUGGAUAGGUCUGUGUUGAAGCAUCCGGAACGUAGGGUAUUUGUACCGUUGAAGGUAGCGCUUCAGGAAGGGUUGAUCAGUGAGGAAAGCCGGGCCACCGUAGAUCCGAAGCAGUCGUUCUUCGUGUUUGACGGGAAUCAAGUCGUGUACGUACGGGAGCCACUGAGCUUCGACCAAGCGGUUGAAUCCGGUCUACUGGACGUGUCGACCGGGAAAUUCGUGUACAAAUCAUCGACGAUUGGUGGUGGUGCAACCGAUGCAAGCGAUGUGGUAGAACUGUUGAACCUGAAGGAUGCGAUCGGCCAGGGUUACAUCGACCCGGAGUCGGUCCUGUUGAAGGACGGAGCCAAGAAGAAGUUGCUCCCACUGCCGGAAGCGUUCCGCAAGGGACUAAUCGAUGCCGACAAGUCGAAUGUACUCGACACCAACACGUCCAAGCUGACGACGCUGCAAGCCGCGGUAGACUCCGGUCUGCUCGUGACCCCGAAGCGGGCAAUCUGUCUCCUGGAGACGCUAGACUAUCACUUGUACAACCCCGAGCGGGGCCUCUUCGAGGACCCGUUCCACCCUAACCAAUACAAGACCCUUGACGAAGGCAUCCGGUCGGGCCUUAUCGACCCAACAACAACAAUGGUGCGCGAUCUCGGUAACAAUAGUGAAAUCGUCCCGUUGUCAACCGCCGUCGGCAACGGGCUCAUAGACUCGGUCAGUGGACUUUACAAUGUCGAAGGUGAACACGCUAAGAUUGACCUUACGAAAGCACGUGACCGUGGAUAUCUCAUGCUAGCGGAACAACGGCAAGCGGUCGUUGAGAAAUUCGCCCUUUGCGAGGACCACCUUUCCAAGCUGCUCGAAUGGAUCACCAAGGUCGAGCAGGACAUCGCCUCUGUUGGUGGACCCAAGGAACGCGUCGACGAUUUGCGCAAUCAAAUUAAUUCGCUCAAGCAAAUCAAGGAAGACAUCGACACGCAGUCACGUCCGGUUGCGUCCUGCUUGGAGCAGGUGCGCCAGCUGGUCCUGACCGGCGGAGACGUGCUGAGUGCCCCGGAAGUGGCCGGCCUGGAGAGCUCCGGCCGGGAGUUGCGUGCCCGUGUCGACAAGGCGCAGGACCGUACCGGUAAGCUGCUGAGACGACUUGGCGGAGCUCGCGAUGAGCUGGGUAAGCUGCGUUCCGAGCUGGACACCUUCACCAGCUGGCUGCAGACGUCUCGACGUACGCUCGAGGACAAGGAGAACACGCUGUCCGACCUGAACCAGCUGUCCAACCAGUCGGAAUCGGUGAAGGAGUUCCACGGAGACGUGAUCGCUCACCAAGCCGACCUGCGGUUCAUCACCAUGUCGGCGCAAAAGUUCGUGGACGAGUGCAAGGACUACCUGACCGUGCUGAACGAUUUCCGUACAACGCUGCCAGAACGACUGCCGCACAUUGAGCAAAUCUCCAGCUCGGACAGUCCAAUCCGACAGGAGGUUUCACUCGUUACUGCCCAAUAUCGGGAUCUGAUGAGCCGAUCGAACGCCCUGCUGGAUCGUCUGGCCGGACUUGGAGGUCGUCAACGCGACUACCAGGAAGCCCUCGAGAAGGCACGAUCCUGGCUGCGUGACGUCCAAAUCCGUGUCUCGUCGGUACUAUCCGAUCCCAUCGCAGCUGAUCCACAGUCGGUACAGGACCAGAUGAACCAAACUAAAGCGCUGCAAAGCGAAUUCCUGUCCCAGGGACGUCUCAUCGACAACGUACAGCUCUCGCUCAACGCUCUUCUCAAGUCGCUGGCCGGUCGCCUCAGUCCAUCCGAGGUGUCUGCCCUGGAAAUCCCAGUAGAAGACGUCAAAGACAAGUACAAGCAACUGCUGGAAGCUCUCGGCGAUCGCACAAAACUGCUGGACACCGCUUUGGUCCAAUCGCAAGGAGUACAAGACGCCCUGGACGGACUAUCCGGAUGGAUCAACCAAUCGGAGGACAAGUUCAAGCUGCAAAACCGACCGGCAUCGCUCAUCAAGGAUCGUCUCAACGAGCAAGUCCGUGAACACCGUGGACUGCUGAACGAUCUGGAAUCUCAUCGCACAAGUCUGGAGAGCGUCACCCUGUCAGCCCAAGAGUUGAUGGCAACCGCAUCAAAUGCCCGUCUUGCCAAGCGAAUCGAAACCAACCUAAGUGACGUAACUGGACGAUUCGAGAAACUGCUGGACAAGGCACUGAAGCGCGGUGAAUUCCUGGAAGACACACUCGCCCAGCUGACCAAGUUCAACGAAGAUGCCACCAGCGUCGAGCAGGAACUUCUGAACGCGCAGGAAGCUCUCGAGGGACGUGAACUGGCCUCGCUGCCGGCUGACACCCUUACUCAACGCAUGAUCGAGCUCACCCGGAACAAGGAGCAUCUGCGUCCACUGUACGAGAACUGUGUACGUCUGGGCAAGGACCUAAUCGCCAAGCGUGACGUCACCGAUACCGGAGUUGUCCGCGAUCGCGUCAAGGCACUGGAGAACGCCUGGAAGAACUUGGACGUUACCCUGGAGGAGAAGCUGAAGCUGGCCAAGCAAAAGUCGGAGCAGCUGAACGCGUACGAAGACCUCAAGGAUCAAGUGCUCGUGUGGCUGUCCAGCAUCGAAACCAGAACCAACAACCUGGCCCCGGUGGCCGUCGAUGUGGACGCGAUCAAGUACCAGAUUGAAGAGGUGAAACCACUGGUCAAAGAGCACCGUGAUUACGGAGUGACGAUCGACAAGGUCAACGAUCUUGGUGCCCAGUACGAUGCCCUCGUCCGUCCCGAUAGCUCAACUCGCAAGCGCUCAGUCUACAGCCCAAUCAAGCGAUCUACCGUCAGUCCGAUGCGUCGCAUGUCGGGAGAGGCGCGAUCACCCAGCCCAACCAAGAGCGGUGGCCUGAUGGUGGGACAAAGUCCAACCGUGUCGCCGCUGUCUCCCGGUGGAUCGAGCGGAUUCGGUAGCCGGCGCUCGUCGCAAGACGGGUUCCAACUAACCGAUCUGACCCCGAUUCAGCAACAACUGACGGAAAUCAACAACCGGUACAGUUUGGUCGGAGCACGCCUGAACGAUCGGCAGAAUGAGCUGGAUUCUGUGCGGGAUGAAGUACGCAAGCACCAGGAAAGUCUCAAGACGCUGGCUAGCUUCUUGGACAAGAUUCAACGCCAGGUCCCGAAGGAAGUCAUCAGCAACAAAGACGAAGCCGAGCGAUGCAACAAACAGGCGCGUAAGAUCUUGGAAGAAAUGUACGAGAAGCAGAGUCUGCUGGACUCCACCAAGGCUCAAGUUAAAGAUCUGCUGAAACGCAAGCCAGACGUGCAGGGAGCAGACCGAUUGCGAUCGGAUCUCGAUACAGUGGCUGACCGCUGGAAGAACCUGCACGAUCUGUGCAAGGAUCGUAUCAACUUCUCCGAACAACUUCGUGACUUCCUCGAUACCCAUGACAACUUGAACACCUGGCUGGGAGCAAAGGAGCGUAUGUUGACCGUACUCGGACCGAUCUCAUCUGACCCGCGCAUGGUUCAAAGCCAAGUUCAACAGGUGCAAGUCCUGCGCGAAGAAUUCCGUGGACAACAACCACAGCUGAACCAUCUUCAAGAAGUCGGCAACGCCGUUCUGGAAUACCUGCGAGAAUCCUCUCCGGAAAGCCAGUCCGUGUCUACCAAGCUGAAGAACGUACAGAAGAAAUGGGACGAUCUUGUCGGACGACUCGACGAACGCGCCCAAAGCUUGGGAGCAGCCGCCGACACUUCGAAGGAAUUCGACGCUGGCUUGAACCGUCUGCGUGAAGCUCUUCAGACCAUCAGUGAUAAUCUGGAUGGCCUGCCGACGGACCGCGAUCACCAGGAGACGCUGCGUAAGAUUGAAAACCUCGAGCGACAGCUUGAAGGACAGCGUCCUCUGUUGGCCGAUUCCGAAGCAGCUGGAGAAGCCCUCUGCCGAGUGCUGAGUGAUCCUGCAUCGCGUGCUGACGUCAACGCCCGUUUGGGCGCCGUUGGCAAGCAAUACCAAACGCUGCAGAAGAAACUGGACCUUAGAAAGGCCGAGACCGAUGCUGCCCUGCGUGAUGGACGCCAGUUCGCUGAAACUUGUGCCCGCACUCUCGGCUGGCUGUCGGGAGAACUGGGUAAUCUGACCGAUCGCCUACUGGUGUCUGCACACCGCCCAACUCUGCAGCACCAGAUCGAUACCCACGAGCCAAUCUACCGCGAAGUGAUGAGCCGUGAACACGAAGUCAUCAUGCUACUCAACAAGGGUCGUGAACUUCAAGACAAGCCCGGACAAAGCCCAGAUCGUGCCGUACAGCGAGAUUUGGAGAAGAUUUCCCAGCAAUGGGAACGUCUACGGAACACCGCCGUUGAUCGUCACUCGCGACUGCAGACCUGCCUGGAACACUGCAAGAAACACUCCGCAGCAUCGGAGACAUUCCUGACGUGGCUGCGAGGAGCGGAAGACAAGCUCAGCUCGUUCAAGCCUGGAAUUAUGAAGAAGUCCCAACUCGAUCAACAGCUGAAGGAACUGCAAACGUUCCGUUCGGAUGUGUGGAAGCGAUCGGGAGAGUACGAGAACACUCGCGGAUUGGGCGAAGCAUUCAUUGGUGCCUGCGAUGUGGACAAGGAACCGAUCAAGGCGGAACUUCAGGACAUGAAGGACCGCUGGGAGCGCCUGAACAAUGAACUUAUUGCGCGAGCUCAAACGCUCGAAACCUGUGCCAAGCGACUGGGAGAUUUCAACGAAGAACUGCGAGACUUGGAGCAUGCCGUUGGCCGUUGCGAAGAUCGCCUGGCAGCUCAUGACGCGCUGGGAGGUGCCGCUAAGGACCCGAAACUUUUGGAUCGUGUCAAGGCCAUCAAGGAGGAUGCGGGGUCUGAGCCACUGCAAGCGACUCGCAAGUUGGCCGGAGAUAUCGCUGUUGAGGCACGUGCCGCAGGUGGAGACGCCGAUCAUCUGAAGAACGAAGUUGACGGAUUCGCCGAUCGUAUCGAAGACCUGCACGCUCUUGAUGACCGUUGCGGCGAACUUCAGUCCGCUGCCACCGCCGACAACGACGCCGUCAAGGCACUUGACCUCAACGAGCUGGAAAGUCAAAUCGAUUCGCUGUCACCGCCGGCACGUGAGAUCAAGACCGUACUGAACCAGUUGGAUGAAGUGGCUACGAUUCUGACCAAGAUUGAUCGUACCGCCGAACACGUUGCCAGCGUUGAACGCGCUGGAGAACAACUGGUUGAUUCUGGAUUUGCACCGGAUACUGCCGUCACGCGUGAUCAAAUUACCUCGCUGCGGAAGCAACUCGGCAAGCUGGACAACCGUGCCCGUGACCAUGACGAGGCUCUGCAGAAGGCAUUGAAGGCGCUGCAGAAGUUCUACGACCUGCACCAAGGAACGCUGGAUGAUCUGAACGAUGUGGCUGAUCAGGUAAAGAAACUGAAGCCGGUUAGCUCGGAACUUGAGCAGAUUCGCAACCAGCAGGACGACUUCCGUCGCUUCAAGCAGCGUUACGUUGAACCAUUGGUUGAGAAGAUUGACGAGAACCGCAGUGGACAGGACUUGGUCCGUUCGGCCCAGGGAGGCGUUCCGACGCACGUUAUGGAGAAGGACCUGGAGAAGAUCAACGAGAAGUGGAAUGAUCUGAAGGAGAAGAUGAACGAACGCGAUCGUCGUCUGGACGUUGGCCUUCUGCAGUCUGGAAAGUUCCAAGAAGCACUGGACGGACUUUCCAAGUGGCUCAAGGAUACCGAAGAAAUGGUCGCCAACCAGAAGCCACCAAGUGCCGACUACAAGGUCGUUAAGGCUCAACUGCAGGAGCAGAAAUUCCUCACGAAGAUGUUGAUGGAUCGUCAGAACUCGAUGUCAUCGCUGUUCCAGCUGGGUCAAGAAGUGGCCGCCGGUUGUGAUGCCUCCGAGAAGGCAGCUAUCGAACGUCAGCUGAAGGAACUGAUGGGACGCUUUGACGCACUGACGGAAUCCGCUCAGCGACGUACGCUGGAUCUCGAACAAGCCAUGCACGUUGCCAAACAGUUCCAGGAUCAGCUUGUUCCACUCACCAAGUGGCUGGAUGGUGCUGAACGUGCCGUGAAGUCGAUGGAACUUGUGCCAACAGAUGAGGAGAAGAUUCAGCAGAAUGAACACGAACGUCUUCACGACGACCUCGAAACAGACUUCAGCGAGCUGGCUGACAUUGCCGGACAGCUGAUGGAACUUGCGAGCGAGAAGGUGAAGAACGAUCGUUACACCGAUUUGGUGCAAGCUAGCGAUCAUCGGACCGUAUUGAACGAAUCCCGACAGGGACUGCGUCACCUGGUGCUGACCUACCAAGAAUGGAGAACAUGGAGAACCGUGCGAUUCCGUAUCAUUCCGGUGCACACCGAGAAGCUGCUGGAACAGAUGGGUGCUGAGCUGAACGAAGACAUUGCCAGUCGCUCGCCGAACGUAGAGUCUACCGUCGAAGCUGGAUCAAUGAAGCACAUCUCAUCCGACGACUCGCUGCAAACUGCUCGCUCGCGUCGCUACGGAGAACUGAACCAAGGAGGUGAUCUGCUGAAGCACGCACAAGACGCUCUGCCACUUGUCCAGCAGUUCCAUCAGUCGCAUAUCCGCUUGGUCGACUGGAUGCAGGCUGCCGAAGCCACCCUGUCAACUGGAGAUUCGAACGAGGUCGACAUUGUGCGCCUGGAGGGUGAUUUGAGUGAAAUGAGACCAGUUCUGGAGGCUGUCAAUUCUGUCGGUCCUCAGCUGUGCCAAAUUUCACCUGGAGAAGGUGCAUCCACGAUCGAAGGCAUCGUUACGCGUGAUAACCGGCGCUUCGAAGCCAUUGUCGAGCAGAUUCAACGCAAGGCUGAACGUCUACACCUCAGCAAGCAACGUUCCAACGAAGUUACGGCCGAUAUUGACGAGCUGCUGGAAUGGUUCCGUGAUAUGGAUGCCACCCUGCGGGACGCUGAUUCGCCAGCCAUGACGCCGAAGCUUGUACGAGCCCAGCUGCAGGAACACCGCUCGAUCAACGAUGACAUCUCCAGCCAGAAGGGUCGCGUCCGUGACGUUACCUCUUCGGCCAAGAAGGUCCUGCGAGAAUCGCAACCAAACGAGAAUACCAUCGCCCUGCGAGAGAAACUGGAGGACCUUAAGGAGGUUGUUGAAACCGUGGCCGGACUGUGCGCCAACCGAUUGGCCAUCCUCGAACAAGCACUGCCACUGUCGGAACACUUUGCCGAUUCGCAUAGCGGUCUCGUUGGUUGGUUGAACGACAUGGAGCAUCAAAUCUCUAUGCUCGCGAUGCCAGCGUUGCGACCGGACCAGAUUGCCAUCCAACAGGACAAGAACGAACGGCUAACGCAGUCCAUUUCCGAGCACAAACCACUGCUGGACAAGCUGAACAAGACGGGAGAAGCGCUGAUUGCGUUGGUUGCCGACGACGAUGCGGCCAAGAUCAGCGAAAUUCUAGAGUCGGACAAUGCUCGAUAUGCUGCGCUGAGAACGGAACUGCGCGAACGGCAGAACGCCCUGGAACAAGCUCUGCAAGAGUCUAGUCAAUUCUCGGACAAACUGGAAGGUAUGCUACGUGCUCUACAGAACACGGCCGAUCAGGCUAACCAAGCCGAUCCAAUUUCGGCACAUCCGCCAAAGAUCCACGAUCAGCUCGAUGACAACGCCGCCUUGGUUGAAGACAUUGACAAGCGUAGCGAGGCAUUCGCAGCUGUGAAGCGAGCCGCCACCGACGUAAUCUCGAAGGCUACCAACCAGUCCGAUCCGGCCGUGCGAGACAUCAAGAAGAAGCUGGAGAAACUGAACAACCUGUGGAACGAACUGCAAAAGACCACGAACAAACGAGGCGCUGCCCUGGAGGACACCCUUGCGAUGGCCGAAAAGUUCUGGAAAGAGAUGCGUGCGGUAAUGGAAACGCUGAAGGAGCUGCAAGAAGCCUUGCAAACACAGGAACCGCCGGCUGCUCAACCGCAAGCCAUCCAGAAGCAGCAGGUCGCCCUGCAGGAGAUCCGCCAGGAGAUCGACCAGACCAAACCCGAAGUGGAGCAAGUUCGCCGCACCGGAACCAACCUGAUGUCGCUGUGCGGCGAGCCGGACAAGCCCGAGGUCAAGAAGCACAUCGAAGAUCUGGACCACGCCUGGGACAACAUUACGGCGCUGUACGCGAAGCGCGAGGAGAACCUGAUCGACGCCAUGGAGAAGGCGAUGGAGUUCCACGAAACGCUCCAGAACCUGCUGAACUUCCUGGCCAAGGCGGAGGACCGCUUCGCGAAGCUUGGCCCGCUCGGCUCGGACAUCGAGGCCGUCAAGAAGCAGAUCGAACAGCUGAAGCACUUCAAGGACGACGUCGACCCGCACAUGGUCGAGGUGGAGGCGCUGAAUCGGCAAGCGGUCGAGCUGACCGAGCGAACCUCGGCGGAACAGGCCAACGCCAUCCGCGAGCCGCUGAAUGCCGUCAACCGCCGGUGGGAGAACCUGCUGCGUGGUAUGGUCGAGCGCCAGAAGCAGCUGGAGCACGCUCUGCUGCAUCUGGGUCAGUUCCAGCAUGCGCUCAACGAGCUGCUGGUCUGGAUCAACAAGACGGACGCCAAUUUAGAUGAGCUGAAGCCGAUUCCGGGCGAUCCGCAGCUGCUGGAAGUUGAGCUGGCCAAGUUGAAGGUGCUGGCUAAUGACAUUCACGCUCACCAGAGUUCGGUGGAUACGCUGAACGAUGCAGGCAGGAAGCUGAUCGAGAACGAUCGUGGCUCGCUGGAGGCGUCCACGACGCAGGAGAAGCUGCAACAGCUGAACAAGCAGUGGAGAGAUCUGCUGCAGAAGGCUGCCGAUCGUCAGCACGAGCUGGAGGAAGCUCUGCGUGAGGCUCAAGGCUUCACGUCGGAGAUCCAGGAUCUGCUCGGUUGGUUGGGCGAUGUGGAUGCCGUCAUUGGUGCAAGCAAGCCGGUUGGAGGACUGCCGGAAACGGCUUCCGAACAGCUGGAGCGAUUCAUGGAGGUUUAUAACGAGCUAGAAGAGAACAGACCAAAGGUAGAGACGCUGAUCGCACAAGGACAGGAGUACGUGAGGAAGCAGAACCAGCUGCAGGUGUCGGCUAGUAAUCUGCAGCACACCUUGCGGACGCUGAAGCAGCGUUGGGAUGCUGUCGUUUCGCGUGCUUCGGACAAGAAGAUCAAGCUGGAGAUCGCGCUGAAGGAGGCGACCGAGUUCCACGAUGCCCUGCAAGCGUUCGUCGAAUGGUUGACGCAAGCGGAGAAGCAACUGGGCUCGGCGUCGGCUGUGUCGCGAGUGCUGGAGACGAUUCAGCAGCAGAUGGAAGAACACAAAGUGCUACAGAAAGACGUGUCGAUUCAUCGUGAGUCGAUGCUACUGCUGGACAAAAAGGGAACGCACUUGAAGUACUUUAGCCAGAAGCAGGACGUGAUUCUGAUCAAGAACUUGCUCGUUUCGGUGCAGCACCGUUGGGAACGAGUGGUGGCGAAGGCUGCAGAACGGACACGUGCGCUGGACCAUGGCUACAAAGAGGCCCGUGAGUUCCACGAUUCGUGGCUGCAGCUGACGACGUGGUUGAAGGAAACGGAGACUACGCUGGACACGCUGUCGGAGGAGACUAGCAACGAUGCGGUUAAGAUCAAGAAGCACCUGGAGAAACUGCGCGAGAUUCAGCGCAACCUGCAGUCGAAGGAGAGCUUCUACGACAGUACGAUGCGCAGUGGCAAGGGACUGAUGGACCGUGCUCCGAAGUCGGACGAGCCCGUACUGUCGCGGAUGAUGAACGAGCUGAAGGACUCGUGGAAGCGGGUCUGCAACAAGAGCGUCGAACGGCAACGCAAAUUCGAGGAGGCUUUACUGCUGUCUGGACAAUUUGCGGAUGCCUUGCAGGCCCUGCUGGACUGGCUGCGUAAGACCAAGGCCCGCCUUGCGGAGGACGGACCGGUUCAUGGAGAUCUGGACACGGUGACGACGUUGGUCGAACACCACAAGCAGCUGGAGUCGGAUUUGGACAAGCGAUCGGCGCAGAUGCAGAGCGUCAUGAAGACCGGCAAGGACCUGGAAAAGUCGGACGAAACACGCGAAACUUCCAAGCACUUGAAGGAGAUGCAGAAGUUGUGGGAGGACGUUCAAGACAUGAGCGCCCGCCGCAAGUCUCGGCUGGAGGUCGCGCUGAAGGAAGCCGAACGGCUGCACAAAUCCGUCCACAUGCUGCUUGAGUGGUUGUCCGAGGCGGAGCAGAAGCUGCGCUUUGCCGCGGCCGCUCCCGAUGACGAGAACCAGGCCAACGAUCUGCUGGACGAACACGCUCGCUUCAUGAAGGAACUGCGCGAGAAGGAGUUCGACAAGGAGGAAACGCUGGCGCUGGCCAACUCGAUCCUGGCCAAGGCCCAUCCGGACGCGGUGCCGAUCAUCAAGAACUGGAUCUCGAUCAUCCAGUCCCGGUGGGACGAAAUUUCCCAGUGGGCGCUGAGCCGCCAGACCAAGCUCGAGUCGCACCUCAAGUCGCUCAAGGAUCUGGACGAGUCGAUCGAGGAGCUGCUGGCCUGGUUGGCCGGACUGGAGUCGACGCUGCUUAAUCUCGAACAGGAACCACUGCCCGAGGAGAUCCCGCCGCUGGAAGUGCUGAUCGCCGACCACAAGGAGUUCAUGGAGAACACUGCCCGUCGCCAGGGCGAGGUGGACCGUGCCUGCAAGCCGCGUCAGCCGCCGCCAGGACUGAAGGAAGCGCGCAAGCCGUCCCGCGGUGUACUCAAGACACCUGUUAAGGGAUCACAGCAAGAUCUGCGCGAGCACUCGCCCGACUACGGCACCUUAGGAAGAAAGCAAAGUUUCAAGGGAUCGCGCGAUCAAGGGCUUAACUCACGUCGUACAAGUCGCGUGAGUCCCGGACGUGAGACCCAGACACCGGAACGGGAUCGCCUGCCGCACUACGGUCCACGGUUCUCGCCAAGCAACCAACCCGAAACGGAACUGCGCUCGCCCCGUGCCAAGCUCCUGUGGGACAAGUGGCGCUACGUGUGGAUGCUGGCAUGGGAACGCCAACGUCGCCUGCACGACCACCUGCUCUACCUGCAAGACCUGGAGCGCGUCCGGCAGUUCAGCUGGGAGGAGUGGCGCAAGCGCUUCCUCAAGUUCAUGAACCACAAGAAGUCCCGCCUGACGGAUCUGUUCCGCAAGAUGGACAAGGACAACAACGGGCUGAUCCCGCGGGAGGUCUUCAUCGACGGAAUCAUCGGAACGAAGUUCGACACGUCCAAGCUGGAGAUGAACGCGGUGGCCGACCUGUUCGAUCGCAACGGCGAGGGCCUGAUCGAUUGGCAGGAGUUCAUCGCGGCGCUCCGGCCCGACUGGCAGGACCGCAAGCCGAAGACGGACGCGGACAAGAUCCACGACGAGGUGAAGCGGCUGGUGAUGCUGUGCACGUGUCGGCAAAAGUUCCGCGUGUUCCAGGUCGGCGAGGGCAAGUACCGGUUUGGAGACUCCCAGAAGCUGCGCCUUGUGCGUAUUCUGCGUAGUACCGUGAUGGUUCGCGUCGGAGGAGGAUGGGUCGCGCUGGACGAAUUCCUGGUGAAGAACGAUCCUUGCCGAGCCAAGGGACGCACCAACAUCGAGCUCCGCGAGCAGUUCAUACUGGCGGACGGCGUGUCGCAAUCGAUGGCCGCGUUCAAGUCGCGCAAGUCCAUCUCGACGCAGGGCUCGGGAUCGACCCAGGCGGGCUCGCCCAUCCCGACCCAGGGCCCGAUCGUCAAGGUACGAGAGCGCUCGUCCAAGUCGAUCUCGAUGUCGCGCCCGUCCCGGUCGUCGCUGUCGGCCUCGACGCCGGAUUCGCUCAGCGACUGCGAGAGCAGCAUCGGAACGCCCGGUCGCUUCCAGACGCCGAGCCGUAAAACUUCAGUGCCAGUUAGAUCUCAGAUGACGCCGGGCGGAUCGCGGGCCAACUCGCGGCCAAGUUCACGACCGGCGAGUCGAGCCGGUUCGAAGCCCCCGUCGCGGCACGGAUCAACCCUGUCGCUGGACAGCACCGACGAUGCCACACCGUCGCGAAUUCCCACCCGGAGGAUAACCAGCACGACGACCCCAAGGCCAUCGCGGCUUUCCGUUGGAUCGACCAGUACGAGUGCGCGGGGAACGACCACGACGACGACCCACACGAAUGGCGUUUCUUCGAGGACGGCAUCCGGAGCGGCGUCUCCCGCACCAACGAGAAACGGUGGCAUGAGUCGUUCAUCAAGCAUACCAACACUAAUCGGACUACCAAAUAGCAGGAAAACUAGCGGAACAUCCACCCCGUCCGGAAUGCAAACGCCGCGACGAACCUCGGUGGAACCGGGCACACCCGGCACCACCACACGCCCGGAUCGCAGCUCGCGGGGCACCACCCCCAUCGAGAAGCGCGCCCCAUUCCGACUUUAAGAGUAGCCCCCCUCGAAAAACAAAUAGCUAGCGAGUAAACGAAAAGCUGACGAAGACGAACGAAGCGAACAAAAGAAAACAAGAAAAAAAGUUUGCGCUAAUCCAUUAACAGACAAAAUAGCUAAGCAGCUUAGCUGAACGCGCGUCGUCUAAAAAGAAAAAAAAAUAAGGUGUACUAAUCAAGUUCAAAGUAUUUAUUUCACUUUUUUCUUUUUUUUUUUGUUUCUUUAUUUUUUUUUUGUUAUUUGAGCAAGCGAAAAAUGCUUAUAUUUUCUUCGCAAAAGGAAGAAUUUAAAACGCGCGCCGCGGUACUAAUCAGUGAUAAUGAUUAGGGUUCAUAUUGAGAGAGUUAGAAAGAGAGCGAGCGAGAGCGAACGAGUAAGUGAGAAAGAAUAAUUUUCGUAAACCCACCCCCCAGUGAAAGAUUUUGUAAAUACUUUUAGAGAAAGAGAGAAAGGAGGGAUUAAAGUUGUAGAAAGUCAUUUGAUCAGAGAGAACAAGAAAAAGAAACCGAGUGAGGAAAAGAAGAAAGUUUGUAAUAAUUCAAAAUAUAUUUAGAGCAAGGGACUUAGUUUUUACCACAAGCCAACAACAAUUAUUAGCUGUUUCUCGUUGAAUUUUUUGCCUAGUGUGUGUGAACGGAAGAAAGCAACCGACUUCAAACGUUGUGCCGCGAAUCAAGCGUUGAAGAAAUCGCCAGUUCUUCAGCGAUUGAUCCGCGACGGGUUACGUUUUCAGCUGUGUCAAAAAAUAGCAAGAGUUGAAAUGAUAUGAUUCAUAUAUGUGUUCAGGAGCGAAUGUGUGAGCGAGAGUGUGAAAUGUUGUGUUUUUUUGUUUAUAUUUUUAAAAAUGUAUAUUUAUUAUUUAUACAAAACAGAUGAUCGAAAAUUUGAGAAGAUUACACUUUUUUCUUGCGUUUCUAUUCGCUCACUUGAAAGGAAAAUCGCCAGUUUCCUUUUUUGGCGGACCGAAUUGAAAAAAAAAAAACAAGUAAACAUUUAUUUUUGUUAAAGCAGCUGCUCGAGAGAGAAAGAGGGAAGCGCGCCUUUCCCGGAGAAUAUCACGUUUCACGGUAAUAUAAAAAAAGGUGUUAUUCUCCGCUAGGAAUGGUGCGCAUCGCAGCGAAAGCGAUUUUCGUUUUGUUAAAAUCAUUUAUUUUUUUUGCAAGAUUCGAGCUUGUGUGCGUGUGGAUUUGUAGGAGAAAUUGCCGAAUAGUAGACAGAGAGUGAGAAGGAGAGAGAGGAAUCCACGCGGAUGGAAUAAAAAAAAACACAUUAAAAACGCAGUUUAAGCAGUUAUUAAUUCAUUAACUACAAAAAAGUCAUUUAGUUGUGUAAGGAGCAGAAUAUUAGUAGGAAUAAAUUUGCAAAUAAUUAAAACUAACUAAGAGCUAAUGCUAAGCUGUUUUGUAAUUGAAAUUAUUUUUUUUAUAAAAAAAAGAAGAGAAAAAGCCGGAAAACGACAGAAAAGCAAAACAAAAAUAAUUCCUAGGAGCGUAACAAAAAAGAAUACAACAAAAAAGGAAAUCGAAAAAUCCUUAAGACAUAUAACUUCUACUAGCUAACAAAUUAACUACACAAAUUUCUCAGCUAUAGCAGUUAAAAUUUUACUACAUGUGAUUGAAAAGUUUAACACGAAGAAAAAAAAAUCUCCUAAAAGUAAUAAACGAAAACUAGUAAUCCAA